UGUUGGACGCAGCUGUUGACAAAGGCAUGAAUGCAGCCUGGGUGACGUUGGCCAGUGCCCUGCAGGUCAGGGGUGAAGCUCUGUCUGAGGAGGAAAUCUGGUCCGUCUUGUCACUGGCUGCGGAGCGGCUCCUGGAAGACCUUCGCCAUGAUUCCUCAGACUACGUGGUAUGCCCCUGGUCUGUCCUGCUCUCUGCGGCCGGAAGUCUUGCUUUCCAAGACCACGUUUCUCACUUAGAGUCUGCUCCAUUCAAAGCCCCCGAGCUGCUUCAAGAACCCGGUGAGGACAAGCAGACUGAUGCGUCACAGCCCCUGCAGCUCCAGGAGCCCGUGCACUCCCUCCUGCUAGCCAUGUGUGAAGACCAGCCUCGGAGGCGGCGGCCACUGACGGCGGUCCUGGAAGCCUGCCGGCUCCAUCAGGAAGAAGUGGCCGUGUACCCAGCCCCCGCCAGCCUCCACAUCAGACGCCUGGUGGGCUUGGUGCUGGGCACCCUCUCCGAGGCGGAGAGGAGAGUUGUGGAGGAAGGCGCCUGCGAGUGGCACGGCCGAAGCUGCCUGCUCCGGAAAAGGCUGCACCGGGCCAGCAGUGAGAGCCCCGCUCGGGCCCCUGAGGGUCUGCAGCCUUGCAGAGUUUCACAGAGAAGCACGGAGACACAGAGUUCCCUAGGGCCCCGCUGGAGCUCCUCAGGACAUGGUGGCUGCAGCCUCUUUGUUAACAGCGCUCUUGCAGGUGCCCGUCCCCGUGACCACGAGGAGGGUCAGCGGCGCAGUUCCAGGUCUGUGCUCCUGGCGGAAGCAGAGAGCUCACGGCCAACAACACCUUCUCAAAGGGGGUUCCUGCAAAGAAAGGGGAAGUUUUCCAGGCCAGAGUUCAUCUUGCUGGCUGGAGAGGCCCCCGUGACCCUACAUCUGCCUGGAUCCAUUGUGACUAAAAAAGGGAAAUCAUACUUGGCUCUGGCGGAGCUCUGCGUGGUCCUGCUGAGCGGGCAGUGUCUGGAGGUGAAGUGUGACCUGGAGUCCACAGCGGGCGCUGUCUUCCAUGCUGUCAUGGCCUUCGCUAACCUUAGAGAGACCUCCUACUUUGGCUUGGCUUAUGUGAAAGGUAAAGAAUUUUUUUUCCUGGACGAUGAAACCAGAUUGUGCAAAAUUGCCCCUGAAGGCUGGAGAGAGCAGUCCCCCAGGGCCUCCACAGACACCUUCACGCUGUUUCUGCGGAUCAAGUUCUUCGUUGGCCACUAUGGGCUGCUCCAGCACAGCCUGACCAGGCAUCAGUUUUACCUGCAGCUUCGCAAGGACAUUCUAGAAGAAAGGCUGCGCUGCGACGACGAGACGCUGCUGCAGCUGGGGGUCCUCGCCCUGAAGGCCGAGUUUGGCAGUUACCCCAAUGAGGUGGAGAGUAAGGCGUAUUUCCGAGUUGAAGAUUAUAUCCCAGCAAGGCUGAUUGAGAGAAUGACGGCAAUCCUGGUCCAGGUCGAAGUCUCAGAGAUGCACCGGCUCAGUUCUGCGCCAUGCGGGGAGGAUGCUGAGCUGGAGUUCUUGGAGAUCUCUCAGCAGCUCCCAGAAUAUGGAGUGCUGGUCCACCAGGUUUUCCCAGAGAAGAAGAGUCCAGAAGGGGAGAUGGCCUUGGGAGUCUGUGCUGAAGGCAUCAUAGUCUAUGACGUGAAAAACAGCUGCAGAGUUGUAAUGUCACGGUUGCCUUGGAGAGAAACUGGCAAGAUUUCAACUCACCGGAAAAAGCUCACCAUCACCAGCAGUGUUACGGGGAAAAAGCACACGUUUAUCACCGAUUCAGCCAAGACCUGUACAUAUCUACUGGGUCUCUGCUUGGCCCAGCAUGGGUUUAAUGCGCAGAUGGGCUCUGGGCAGCCGCCUCAUCUUUUACCUGACCACAAUAAGUUUGUGCAGAUAACCAACUUGAGUUCUGCGCCCCCAGCCCGGGCCAAACCUCUCACUUGGAUUCAGAGAUUGUCAUGCUCAGAAAACGAGUUGUGUGUACCCAGGCCACAGAAUGCUGUGGGAGGUCCACUGAGCACAUCCUUGGAGAACUUCAACGUGGAAGGUGGCAAUGAGACCGGGACAGAGGGACUUGGAGGCAGCCCUUGCACUGGCCGGGAGCAGCUGGACACCCUAAGUUUGCUCCCAAAGCCAACAACCUGUGAUCUCUCUGGGUCAUCUGUUCAGAACGUGUACACAGGGUCACAGAAUAGCAGAAGAAAGAGCUUCACAGAAGAGCCAGGCCAAGAACUUGUGUGUGUGACAUUGGAGCGCGAUCCCCACCGUGGUUUCGGUUUUGUCAUUAGCGAGGGAGAAGAUAUAGGUCAAGCAAAUCCUGGAAUCUUUAUAGCUUCUCUUAUACCCGGGGGACCAGCAGAAAGAGCUAAGAAGAUCAAACCAGGGGGGCAGAUACUAGCCUUGAAUCACAUCGGCCUGGAGGGCUUCACUUUCAACAUGGCUGUGAGAAUGAUCCAGAAUUCUCCCGACAACAUCGACUUAGUCAUUUCUCAGUCAAAAGGUGCUUGUGGAAAUAUCCCCGGGGAAGAAAAGAAUAGCCCAGCGAAUUCUGGUGUGUCACCUACAGACAUCCUGAGCAGUGGGUGCCGGAGAAGUGUGUCAUCACACACGCAUGACCAGAACAGAAACAUGGGAGGCCUGGAAAUGGCUCAGGUGCAGAGUUCAUCGCCCAGGCAGGGGCCUAUGCUCUCCCCUCCACCAUUAAAGGGGGCCAGUUCUUCUUGUCCUCCAUUACCUCCGGAAACCAAAGCUGGUGAAAUCUACUUUGUGGAGCUGGUUAAAGAAGACGGGACACUUGGAUUCAGUGUGACUGGUGGCAUCAACACAACUGUACCUUACGGUGGAAUCUAUGUGAAAUCCAUUAUUCCGGGAGGCCCGGCUGCCAAGGAAGGACAGAUCCUGCAGGGUGACCGGCUGCUGCAGGUGGAUGGAGUGAGUCUGUGUGGUCUCACCCAUAAGCAGGCUGUGCAGUGCCUGAAGGGUCCUGGGCAGGUGGCCAGGCUGGUCUUAGAGAGAAGAGGCCACACGACUGCACAGCAGUGUCCUCCUAAUGACAGGAUGGGAGAUGAGCACGUGGCUGUUUCCCUGGUAACAGCCCAGCGUGGCAGGCCUGUGAGCUGCGUCUCCGUGACAGAUGGUCCUAAGUUCGAAGUCAAGCUGAAAAAGAGUAGCAAUGGUUUGGGAUUCAGUUUCGUGCAGAUGGAGAAAGGGAGCUGCCGCCACCUCACGAGUGACCUGGUGAGGAUUAAGAGGCUCUUCCCAGGACAGCCAGCGGAGGAACACGGUGCCAUUGCGGCAGGUGACCUUAUCCUGGCGGUGAAUGGAAAGCCUACGGAAGGCCUUCUUUUCCAGGAAGUACUCCAUUUGCUGCGGGGUUCGUCACCGGAAGUUACACUCCUCCUUUGCCGACCUCCUCCAGGUGUGCUGCCCGAGAUUGAGCAGGGAUGGCAGGCUCCUGUACUAUCAGCAGACCAAAGGUUCACCAGGAUGACAUGUACUGAUUCAGAGCAAAGCCCCAGCCUGGAUCAAGAGGACAGCUGGAGGGACAGUGCCUCCCUGGACAUGGGAGAAGGUCUGGGUCCCAGGCCAGAGUCUUUCCGCAAGGCUUUGAGAGAAGCUCAAGGGGACCAAGACAGAGAGAGGCCCUGGACCAAGUCCCAGAUGCAACCUCUGGAGCUCCAUCCUCACUCAUGCAGGCUUAGUAAAGAGACAGAAGUACCAACAUUGCCUACCUCUUUGGAAAAGGAAAUGAGGCAAACCUGCUACUCUGUGUGUGAUCUCAGAAGACUAGAAAGAUUUUCCUUCUCAUCUUCACUAAGUAGACUUGCCACAGAUACCUUCUGA